AUGCAAUUAAAGCUAUAAGCAUGGUUUCGUACAAAAAUGACUAGAUAUAAUUACUGAAUUGUUUACAGUUUAGUAUAUUCACUAAUUGAUUUCCUGCAUAGAAGCUGCAGUACUUGACUGCCAGUAAUAAAAGUGGCAUCACCAAAAUCUUCAUAAUGAUUGAAGUCACUGGAGUUUUGCCUCGAGGGAGUGUUUAUUUAGCUGGAGAAACUGUGAAAUGCAUUGUUACCAUCAAGAAUUUAUCUAAACUAUCACAGAAUAAUGUUGAUUGUUUGGCAUGGGCCAGUGUUCAGAUCAAUUGCCAAUGCUCUGUUAGUGAUACAAGAAUUAAUCUUCCCAACACAAGGAAGUUGUCCUCCGAGGAAAUUUCACCAUCUUCAUCAGAUACAUCUUUUGUUCCUAACAGAGGGGAGCAAGGAAUGACGGUACUGUCCACUAAACCUAGAAUACUGUUCUGUGAUUUAAAACUAAGGCCUGGAGAAAGCAAAUCAUUUGCCUUUGAGGAUGUGAUUCCUGCUGAUGCUCCUCCUUCAUACAGAGGACAGGCAAUAAAAUACUCUUACAAACUCAUCAUUGGAGCACAGAUGCUUGAGCAUCCUACCAAACUGCUAAGGAUACCAUUCAGGGUGCUUGUCCUUCAUGGAAUGAAUGAUGUCAGUGUGUACAUGGAUACAGAGGAGGUGCAACCCAGUAACCCAUUUCUUAAGCAGGAACAAAAUGAGAACAACUUGUUAGACAUAGCCAUGCAGGUGCUGGCCACCAUUACUGCCAGAAAAGCUCCACACUUCUAUAACAUUACAAAUGCCAAAGGAAAAGUAGCAAAGUUUAUAUUGUUCAAGCAAGCCUACAAACUUGGAGAGGAUAUAGUUGGUGUGUUUGAUUUUUCAGAAGGCACAGUUCCAUGUGUUCAGUUUUCUGUUACAUUGCAAAGUGAAGAACAAAUAGCUGAAGAGUGUCGUCGUAAAGUCGGACAUGGUUCAUCAUAUACAUCGUAUGUCAAACAUCAAGAUAUGUGUCUACACACAGAAAAGACACACGUCAAUAUACCUGUUCCUCUCUCAGCAACUCCAGGAUUUAUGACAGACAUUGUUUGUCUGAGAUGGCGCUUGCAUUUUGAGUUUGUGACCUCUUGUGACCCAAUUCCAGAAUUAGAGAGGCCUGAAAGGCCAGACAUGAGUGCCAUAUGGUGUGGACCAGCCAAUCUUAAUGUGGAGACCAUGAUAUGGGACCUGCCAAUAAAGAUAUACCCAACAAACCCUUUACAUGCCUGCAGUUCAACACAACUGAAAACUAAUGCAUCAAUCACACUUUAAUGAUGCUGGAUCUAGAAAAAACAACAGACUUGUUCAUUCAUACAAGAAUCAUAAAUGGUCAUUAUUUCAAGAUUUGAACCACUUUUGAAGGAUAAUUUGAUUAUUUUAAGUAAAGAUGUUCAUAAGUUAAAUAUCUCUUGGUGCUAUCUAAAUACUCUUCUUCUUGAAUUGCCUUAGGCAUGUUUUGAUUAUUUGAAACAUGAAUUUAUUCCAAUUUUUAGCUCACCUGAACUGAAAGCUCAAGUGAGCUUUUCUGGUCACAUUUUGUCAGUCGUCUAUCUGUCUGUCCUUCUGUCUCAAGAACUCAAGAACUACUGGGCCAAUUUCAACCAAACUUGGCACAAAGCACCCUAAGGCAAAGGGAAUUCAAAGUUGUGAAAAUUAAGGACCACUCCCUUUUUCAAGGGAAGUUAAUUAGGAAUUAUUGAACAUUUUUGAGAAAUUUUCAAAAUUCUUCUUUUUAAGAACCAUUUGACUAGGAAAGUUAAAACUUGUGUGAAAGCAUCCUCAGGUAGUGUAGAUUCAAAGUUGCAAAAAUCAUGACCCGCGGGGGUAGGGUGAGUCACAAUGAGGUGUCGAAUUUUUACAUAGGAAUAUGUAGAGUAAAACUUAAAAAAUCUUCUCAGAAACUAAUCAGCCAGGUGAUUCUUUAAAAUUGGUUAGACUUUGGCCCUUGGACAAUUCUGUGGCAUCACAAGGGGUUCAGAGUUUGAUGUAGGAUAAUUUCCCAUGCAUAAACAAAUGUUAAGGAUCUUUUUGAGAACAGGAAUGCUCAACAUUUGAUAUGACUAUAAACUCGUCCUGUUAGAAAAGGGACUAAUGAUAAUUAAGAUAAGAAUAUCCGGGGGGAAAUGGAUUUUGUAUUUACACAGGAUCUACAUGUAUUAUACUACAUUGUUCAGAUAUUUUGUAUUAUGACUUGUAUUAUGUAUUAUGAUUUUAUUGUUCCUAUUGUUCUUCAGGUGAGUGAUGUGGCCCAUGGGCUUCUUGUUUUUGUUGCAAAUCAUAUAAGUUCAAUCAGUAAGAUUGAAGUCUUGUAUUGUUAUAAGAAAAACUUUAAUGUGUUCGUGAAGUUUUUUAAAUUAUAAUGUUAGAAACACUAAAAGAACAAAUGUUUGU